CUAGGGACUAAGUUGAAACGUUUGAAAACUAAAGUGAAAUCAGAACAAAUAUAAAAUUGUCGGCGUCCACCAGCCCUAAUCCCAUUUCCGCCGCGACGAAGAACACAGUCACACCACGAACACCGCCAGAAGCCCCGAUUCUAUCCCGUUCCGUCCGAUUAAUCGCCGCCGCGGUACGAUUCAGUCGCAUACAUUGCCGUUCCGGCUGAUAAAUCGCUUCUAUUAGGUUUCAGAACACGCCACAGCAGCCGCUAUAUGCCGGAACUUUGUCGCGGUGGCCUCCGCUCCGGUUCCGCUAAUCCCGCUCCGGCCGCUACAGCGGCGCUCCGGUAAACAAUGAGCAAUUCCGAGGAUAAGGAGGUAAAUUAUGCGUCGGAGGAUUACGAUUCCAUUUUAUCAGAGUUUGAUCGGUUUGCAGCUAAAGGAGUGGCUGAUGCUGUUGGGUAUGGGUACCAAAUUGGGGAUAUGGUUUGGGGUAAGGUGAAAUCGCACCCAUGGUGGCCUGGAAUCAUUUACAAUGAGGCGUUUGCAUCUCCCACUGUUCGGAGAAGCAAGCGCGAGGGUCAUGUCUUGGUGGCGUUCUUCGGGGACAGUAGCUAUGGGUGGUUCGACCUGUCCGAGGUGGUUCCGUUUGAAGUGAAUUUUGCGGAGAAGUCCUCGCAGACUUCUUCGCGGGCUUUCACAAUUGCGGUGGAGGAAGCUGUGGAUGAGUUGUCAAGAAGACGGAGCUUGGGGCUUGCCUGCCGCUGUAGAAACGAGUUCAAUUUCUGGCCGUCGAAUGUCAAGGACUACUUUGUCGUGGAUGUGGGGGCUUACGAGCCCGGUGUUUACUCGUUGAAUCAGAUAAAUAAAGCGAGAGAGAGUUUUCGGCCUAGAGAGAUGCUUUCUUUUGUCAAACGAUUGGCAUUGACAUCCAUGAACGACAAGGAGUUCGCCAUUGACUUUAUCAAGAACAAGGCCAGUGUUUUGGCGUGCAGGAAGGCAAUGUUCGAGGAGUUUGAUGACACAUAUGCACAGGCUUUUGGAACUGCACCAGAGCGCCCUCCUCGGCCCACUGCACCAAUGGCAAUGGAUCCAUCUAAAGCUCCUUUGAGUGGCCGACUGGUGAUUGCUGAACCCCUUAAUAAGAAGACUAGCUCUGCAAAACCUGCUAAAUCAAAGGAGCAAGCGCAGAAGGAUAAGUAUCUAUUCAAACGACGAGAAGAACCAAUUAAGACGAAGACCAAGAAAAAAAGUUCAGGCCAAGUAGGUCCCUCUGCUGAUCCGCUUUUAAUAGAUGGUUCCGGAUUAUCCGGACUGCCACCAAUUGACUCCCAAAUAAAAGGUCAAACGCAGCAGACUUCUGUAUCGGUCAGUCAUAUCAAACCUUCUGAAGGUCCCAAGAAAUUUGUUGGAGGUGGAAUUAAAAAGGCCAAGGCACAUAUGCGGUCUACCGGUGGGGAAUUGGGUGCUGAUAAUGCAACAAUGGCUGCGAAGAAGAAGAAGAGAAAGAAAGAAAUAAGCACUGACGAACCUGAGAAGAAGAGAAAGAAAGAAGUAACAAGUGAAGCCAAUGCCGAAACUGUGCAGUUACCGUUUGCUAACAGUGACAAUAAAGCAGAAGUUGAUAAAGUUUCACUACCUGUUGUUCCCCUUACUGCUGCUAAUAACCAGCUCGAUAAUCAAGGAGUUGACUUUGGCAAAUCAGAGCUUACGAAGCUAGUUAGAGACCUGAGAGCUCUUUCACUCAAUCCCUUUCAUGGAGCGGAGAGAAAGUGUGCAGCAAAUGCCCAACUGGUUUUCUUGAAAUACCGUUCUCUUGUGUAUCAGAAGAGCUUGGUUUCAUCCCCGCCACCUGAGAAUGAGACAGGUGAAGCCCAGUUGACUAAAUUACCUGCCUCUAAUUUGCGUGAUGGUGUUGACAAAACGAAUGAAAAGUCAACCGUUAAGCUUAUGAAACGGCUCGAUGAUCCGACCAGAGGUGGUAAGAAACGUGGUCCGUCCGAUCGUCCGGAAGCAAUCAAGAAAAAGAAGCAGCAGAUCGAUGGCUCGGAAGAUACUAGUAACAAAAGGAAGAGGCUCGUAGUUUCAGAAGACGUGAAAAAGAAGAAGAAAAUAAUAAUGAGCGAAUCGAAAUUAUCGGAUGUGAAUAAGACGAAGGCCCAGAAGCCGAGUGAAGGAAAAGUGAAGGAAAUUGCAGAGAAAAAAAAUCUUCCAUCAUUGCCGAAACCCGUAAAAAAGUUUCCAUCUGGUGCAUCUGGCAAAAGGGAGCAGCUUAGUCCGACUAUGCUAAUGAUGAAGUUUCCAUCUGGUGCAUCACUUCCAUCUGGCGCAGAGCUGAGGGCGAGAUUCGCUCGUUUUGGGCCGUUGGAUCACGCGUCUACUCGAGUGUAUUGGAAAACGUAUGCAUGCCGUCUGGUUUACCACUACAAAGCCGACGCAGAAGAUGCUCUCAGAUUCGCUCGAGGGAGUAGCAAUUUAUUCGGAAGCAGAAAUGUGAAGUGCUACUUAAGGGACUCUGAAGCCGAAGCGGCUGAAUCAGAACCACCACCGGUCAAGGUUCAAAAGGAAGAUGUUGACCAAAGAACACCGCCUGCCAAAAUCGCUACGCAGCAGCUGCCGCCGCCGCCGCCAGGUCAGCAGUCGUUGCAGUUAAAGUCGUGCUUGAAGAAGCCUAUUGGUGGUGAAGAAGGUGGUAAUGGCAAUGGUAGAGGUAAUACUCCUCGUGUAAAGUUUAUUUUGGGUGGGGAUAAAAGUAGUAAAACCGAACAAGUUUCUAGUUUUGCCGAGGCCGAUUCUUCUUCUUCUACUACUUCUGCUUCUGCUUCUUAUACAACACAUUCAAUGGAUUUGAGUAGUAAGAAUUUGCCAAAGUUUAAUGCUCCUACUUUGCCUAAUACUACGACUAGUCAUCGUCAAAUUCAUCCGCAUCAUCAUCAGUUCCAAAAGAUUCCAAUUAAUAUUCCUCUUGCUACAAAUGACAUUUCACAAGAGCUACUCAAUUUACUCACGAGGUGCAGUGAUGUAGUAAACAAUCUGACCGGGGCGUUGGGCUACGUGCCUUACCAUUCUCUUUAGCAGAACUUUUAAAGAAAACCCGAAUCGGAAAGUUGGUGAAGUCUCCGAUUAUAUGCGAGAAACGAGGACGGAACGACGUUGAGAGAAAAAUUGGAUGGGCUGAAAGCGAAUGUGAAUUUCUGUUUUUAUUUGUAACUUUUGUUUUUAGUGAUGGUAAUGGAUUAUUAUUAUUGUUGUUGCCUUAUAUUUUGCUGCUGUUACUCGCUUUGACGAGGAUUAUUGCUUCGCUUUUCAUUUGGUCCCUUUUGUAUUUGAAUGAUAAAUUGAUAGUUAUUUUUA